CGACCUGCUGAAAGCUACUCCAUUCUAGCCGUUCAUGGCCUGGCUGUGGGAGGUAAACUAACUGCAUGAGUGCAAAAUGUUCAAACACUAUCUGGCAAUAAAAGUUCUGCUUUGACCAAAUCCACUGGCAGUGAAAGGAAAAGUCCUAAGUAUCGUUUGAAGAAACCCUAAAGCUGGUAAAUGUGUUGCCUGAUUUGGCCAUCUAUGUACUGGGCCAGAUAGGGCUGAUCCGGUUUGUCCCCUGGGCCAAGGAUAGGAAACAUAGCAGAGGCCUGUGCCAGCCUGUUGGAAGAGGACCACAUUGACUUAAGGUUGACAGAGACUCCAGUGUUUAGAUGAGUGGGUCAUUCAUGAGCGGAUCUUCCUUGAUGAAAAAUGGAUGACAAAGCUUCUGUGGGGAAGAUCAGUGUUUCCUCUGAUUCAGUGUCGACCCUGAACAGUGAGGACUUUGUGCUCGUUUAUAAGCAAGGCGAUGAAAUGCAUUCUGCAAAUAAUGGUAGUGACGAUGAAAAGAUUGGACUAAAGAUUGUAGGCAAUGGGAGUGAGCAGCAACUUGAGAAGGACCUUGAGGAUGUCCUUAUGGACACGCCGGCUGAAAAUCAGAAUCUGCAUGUAGAGGAAGUUGAAAAGACUCAGGUUGAAGAAGACCUAGAUGAGCCCUCAAAUGAAGCCUCCAUUACAUCUUCUUCUGUCAACCCAUCAACUGUAGGACUGCAGAAGCAAGACAUGAGUCUGCCAGUUAAUGCAUCUCAGCAAGAAUGUGCACAUGGUACCAGUAUGUUCUCUUCAGUACCUGAUGAGGACAGUGUCUUGUUCAGUAAGCUUACGUACCUUGGGUGUGCAUCUGUAAAUGCUCCUCGAAGUGAGGUGGAGGCCCUAAGAAUGAUGUCUAUUCUGCGAGGGCAGUGCCAGAACGCACUAGAUGUUACUCUAUCUGUCCCUAAUGUUUCUGAAGGAACUGUCAGACUUCUGGACCCUCAGACAAACACUGAAAUUGCAAAAUACCCAAUCUACAAGAUUUUGUUCUGUGUAAGAGGACAUGAUGGAACUACGGAAAGUGACUGUUUUGCGUUCACUGAGAGUCAUUACAAUGCUGAGCUGUUCAGAAUACACGUGUUUCGGUGUGAAGUACAAGAGGCUGUGAGCCGGAUACUUUACAGUUUUGCAACAGCAUUCCGUCGUUCAGCCAAACAGACACCACUUUAUGCUUCCGUUUUACCACAGACGCCAGACAGUGAUAUCUUUACUUUCUCAGUAUCCCUUGAAAUUAAGGAGGAUGAUGGCAAAGGCUAUUUCAGUGCGGUUCCCAAAGAAAAAGACAAACAGUGCUUCAGACUUCGACAGGGUGUGGACAAGAAGAUUGUGAUUUAUGUUCAGCAGACCUCCAACAAAGAGCUAGCUAUUGAAAGGUGUUUUGGGUUACUUCUCAGCCCUGGGAGAGAUGUACGGAAUAGUGAUAUGCACCUAUUAGAACUGGAGUCUAUGGGUAAAAGUUCUGAUGGUAAAUCGUAUAUUAUCACUGGGAGCUGGAAUACAAAAUCCCCCCAUUUUCAGGCUGUGAAUGAAGAAACUCCAAAAGACAAGGUUCUUUUCAUGACCACUGCUGUAGAUCUAGUGAUUACGGAAGUUCAGGAGCCUGUGCGUUUCCUCUUAGAGACCAAAAUUCGUGUCUGUUCAGUCAAUGAACGCCUGUUCUGGCCUUUCAGCAAACGGAGUUCCACAGAAAAUUUCUUCCUAAAACUGAAACAGAUUGAACGUAAAGAGCGGAAGAAUAACUGCAGUACAUUUUAUGAAGUAAUAUGUUUGGAGAGUGAGUCAGAGAGAGAGAGAAGGAAAACAACUGCCAGCCCAUCAAUCCGUCUGUUGCAGUAUGGGCAACAAGGAACCAGUAUCCCCUCACCACCAGAAGAUGAAGAAGAAGAAGAUAAUGAUGAACCUCUCUUGAGUGGGUCUGGUGAUGUGUCAAAGGAAUGUGCUGAGAAAAUCCUGGAAACCUGGGGCGAUCUUCUAUCAAAAUGGCACCUAAAUCUAAGUAUUCGCCCAAAGCAACUGUCCUCACUGGUAAGGAGCGGUGUGCCAGAGGCACUUAGAGGAGAGGUGUGGCAACUGCUAGCAGGAUGUCACAACAAUGACUGCCUGGUCGAAAAAUACAGACUGCUCAUCACUAAAGAGUCCCCACAAGACAGUGCUAUAACACGGGAUAUCAAUAGAACUUUUCCAGCUCAUGAUUACUUCAAAGACACAGGGGGUGAUGGGCAGGAUUCCCUAUACAAGAUAUGUAAGGCCUAUUCUGUGUAUGAUGAAGAGAUUGGUUAUUGCCAAGGACAGUCUUUUCUUGCUGCUGUUCUCCUGCUGCAUAUGCCCGAAGAACAAGCAUUCAGUGUCCUGGUUAAAAUUAUGUUCGACUAUGGUCUAAGGGAACUUUUCAAACAGAAUUUUGAAGAUCUGCAUUGCAAAUUUUACCAGCUUGAGCGCCUGAUGCAGGAAUACAUUCUGGACCUUUACACCCACUUCUUAGAGAUCAGUCUGGAAGCCCACAUGUAUGCAUCCCAGUGGUUCCUUACCCUCUUCACUGCAAAGUUUCCGCUAUAUAUGGUCUUCCACAUCAUUGACUUGCUGCUCUGUGAGGGAAUAAGCGUCAUAUUCAACGUUGCACUUGGAUUGUUAAAAACUUCUAAAGAUGACCUACUCCUGACGGACUUUGAAGGAGCUUUGAAAUUUUUCCGUGUUCAACUUCCUAAGCGAUACCGCUCUGAGGACAAUGCCAAAAGGUUAAUGGAACUAGCCUGCAGCUUAAAGAUUAGCCAGAAAAAACUCAAGAAAUACGAGCGGGAGUACCACAUGAUGAGAGAGCAGCAGGCUCAGCAGGAAGACCCUGUGGAAAGAUUUGAGCGGGAAAACCGUCGGUUGCAGGAGGCAAACAUGAGACUGGAACAAGAGAAUGAUGAUCUUGCCCAUGAGCUGGUCACUAGUAAGAUUGCACUACGGAAGGAUCUGGAUAAUGCAGAGGAAAAAGCUGAUGCACUUAAUAAAGAGUUACUAAUGACUAAACAGAAGCUGAUUGAUGCAGAGGAGGAAAAGAGACGCCUAGAGGAAGAAUCUGCACAGCUGAAGGAAAUGUGUCGUCGGGAGCUAGAUAAAGCUGAGUCUGAAAUCAAGAAGAAUAGCUCGAUCAUUGGAGAUUACAAACAGAUAUGUUCCCAACUAAGCGAUCGUCUUGAAAAGCAACAGUCUUCGAACAAAGCAGAAAUUGAGAAAAUUCGGCAAAAGGUGGAUGGAUGUGAGCAUUGCAGAGAAUUUUUUAACAAAGAGGGACAUUUGAAACCUGUCAGCUUCUUGAAAGAGAGCUUCACCAUGGAGGACACAGAUGAAGAGAAAGAGUCUCUGAAGAACCAACUGCGGGAGAUGGAGUUGGAACUGGCCCAGACCAAGCUGCAGCUGGUAGAGGCAGAGUGUAAAAUACAGGACUUGGAACACCAUUUGGGCCUUGCUCUUAAUGAAGUUCAAGCUGCAAAAAAGACCUGGUUCAACAGGACCAUCAGCUCCAUAAAAACUGCCACAGGAGUGCAAGGAAAAGAGACCUCUUAAUGCAUCAGCACUUGUAAAAUCACGUUCUGAAAAACCUAAUGCCUUCUGUUGCCUUCUUUGGCCAGAUGUUUUGGUUUGCCUCCAUGUAAUAGGACCAGACGAGCAGCACUGCAGGAGCGCAGAAGGUCAGCGCCUGUCCCUUUCAAAGGAAAUGUUGGCACCUUUGGCCUCUUUCACAGUCCGAAUAAAAUGGACUCUAACACUCACUAAGGGGUCUCCCCACACCUACUUUAUAUUAUACUUUCAUGCAAUACACAAAAUGGCUCCAUAGCAUUUUAUAUCAGGGACCCCAAAUGGUGGUAAGGGCAUUCGUUAAGUGCCUGCCUGUUUGCCAGAUAUCAAAAACAGGUAUGAAGUCACUGGGACCUCUGCCUGGAACUAGGCAGACAUAGUAGUUUAAUAAAAUGUAGAGAGCCCAUUAUAUCUACAACAUGUUCAUUUCCAGCCAGGGGGUUCCUGCUCUGCACCCCAUGCAUUUGUGUGGAAACUGCUUCUCUCCAUUUAUUUUAAAUUUAUUGCUGUACAUUUUUUCCGUAUUGACAUUUAAAAAAAAAAGGCCCUUGCUGCACACUUUUCUUCAGGAUCUUAUAUUCUUAUAACUCCACACCUUUACUACUGAAAUACAGAAUUUUCUGUAUCCACAAAGUGGAUUGCAAUUUCCUGUAGCGAAGGGCAGCACUAUGUCUCAUGGGAAGAAAAUGAGGUACGAAUUGCGCUCCCCAAUUCUUCACAUACACAUUAAGGUUUGUUAAACAAUAUAACCUUGUGCAAAACGGUGUAUUUAUAAAGCCAUGUAUUUCUCCUUAUGCAUGAAAUGACACAAUCCAUUACAAAGAAUUGAUCGUGUUAUUUAUAAAGGUGCAUGCUUUUUUUACACUGUAAAAUUGACCCCAUUAUGUUCCUUCUCAGACCCGGUGUAGCCUUUUCAAAUUAAAAGCAAAAAAAAGUCAGACGGCAAGAAAAUCCAAGAUUUUUGCAGCUGCUAUAAAGGAACACACACGGCUUUAUAAAUACGCUUGAUUUUAUAACUGUAUUAUAUGUCUUCUGUCUUCAAUGCUCAGUCUUCAAUGCUCAGCUCAAAGAAAGACUUUUGUAGGGAAAUGAUGAUGUGUCCCUAAAACAAGGCAACUUAGUGUAGAAGCUGAAAGUUGCCUUUUUUUAAACAUGGUGAGUGUCAGACCCGGAUUGGACGUGUGCAGAUUCUGGCAAAUACUAAAGGGGCUGCUGUAAGAUGCCAUGAACCAGGGGUCCCCAACCUUUUUGACCUGUAAAAGGAGCAACAGAAGCAUUCAAUAAGGCCAGCCCUGAUUUGGGCUUUGGUAGCCCCUAUGUUGACUGGCAGCAUUAGGAGGCUCUAUUUGGUAGUACACAUUGUAAGAUAAAGUAUACCAUAUAUUAUACUUCCUUUGUUUUACUUAAAGUAUAGCGGCCUAUGAGCUGCCACACUGCGCACAAUAACAACAGCUUUCGUAUAGCUUUCCUUAUGGAGAGCAUUGUGCCAAGGCAAGCAAUGUGCGGGCAGCUCCCACCCAAAGCAUCAAUCCCAAUAUACACAAAUGGAUUGUUUUCACACACAGUAGGCCAUCUCUUCUUUAUUGACUAAAGGAAAAGCAGUGGAAAGUGAUCCCAAUUGUAAAUAGGAUAUAUUUUGCCUGUAAAGAAAAAGCUUUGUUUGUCCUUAUAUAGAAAGCCAAAUGCGCUUUCGCUCAUCCUCACACGCUACUACAAUAAAUGUUUUUUGGUCGUAAUGUUUGACUUUUAAAUACUAAAUGCACCUAUCUGCCUAUUCUUAAUUCUGCCAAUUCCCCAAUAGGGUGGUGGGGGGGGGGGGAGCCAGUAAUUUGGGAAUUGCUCAGCACUUCUCUUGGGGGAAGAAAAUGCACCGGCCUGGGGAUCUUGCUUUAAUUCAAUUUAAUUAUAAGCAAACUUCCAAUAUUAUUAUCUAAACAUUUUCAUUGGUUUAAUGUUGUUGAAGGAAAAGGAAAGGUCUAUACCUAAGCACUGGGAGUGCCAAAAUGUUAGGGCGGUGCUCCUGUUCAUUCAAACGUUAAUGGCCCAGGGCAUUUCUGUAGAAGCUCGUCGUCACCAUUGUCUGUGGCUUCUUCCAUCUUUUCUUCUUUCCAGUCCAGGCAGGUUCAUGCACACUAGAGUGAAGCUGACACAGACACAGAAAAGCUCUUUCACUCUACAGCUCCGGCGCCUCCCCGGCCCAAAGAAAGAAAAAGAGCAAGAAGAUGGCAGAGAAUGAGCUUCUACAGAAAUACCCCAGAGCGGUGCAGUUUCCACUCGCAGGAGCACCAGCCUGGGAUACCAGAUAAGCAAUUAAAUCACUGGGGGGGGUGCCUAGAGUUUUGGUUACCCCCAGUGAUUUAUACUUUGUUAUCCUUCAAUCAGGUGGCUUGCAACAUUGUAUUCAGGAGACAUACUGCUUUCAAAAUCAGUUAAUAUUUACAAAUAACUUUAAGCCCAUUUGACUUUGUUUUAUUAAUAUAUAUUGGAAAGUAGCUUCUAAUUACUUGUCCUUUCAUCAUACAAUGCUACUUUUUGGUAGAGGACCAAUGAAGGUUUCUCCUUUAUAAUUCCCAUGACUCAAACACUGUAGAAGGCAUCACUAAUGGCAGUAAGGUUAGUCUGCAGCAGGACAGGAUCUGCACUGUAGAUGCUACAAAGCACAGCAUGAUUCCACUGGAGUUCCGAUGUUAUAUUGUCAGAUACUGAAUGGCUGUCUUGCACCUUGUAUGUUACGUUUUCUUUUAAUUUAUGUUUGUGUUUUGCUAAUGUCUGUUGCAUCAGUGGUAAAUCUGUCUGAGAUAUGAUAUUCUGAGGCACUGGUUUGUGUGUGUGUAUAUAAAUAUACACAUAUACACAUAUAAAGUUUGGUUUCUUUUGUUUCUGUACUAAUAGCUAAUAGCUAAUGUUACAUCAAACAAUGGACUGCUCAAGAUUGUUCUCCAUAACUGCUACAAAUGUCUUUGUUGUUCUAAACCCGACCCCUAGCUCCUGUACUUAUGGCAGAAGUGUGCAACGAUUGCUGGUGUAGGUUCUUUGUCCAUACUCAACUAAAAUAUAUAAACACAUUUAAACCGGA